AUGGACAAUUAUCAUCAUUCAGCGGCACCAACACUAGCUCCUGAGAUUACAGCUAUAGACAUAAACCCAGCACUAGAAAAUGCACCAAACAAUACAACAUUUAGAUUACAACAACCAGUAAAUGCUGCUGCUGCUGCCGCCGCUGCUGCUGCUGCUGCUACGACUACUACUGCUGCCACAACUCCUCAAACCCCAUCUUCUCGCCGACACACGCACCGGCCAGGAACUGUACGCAACCCUCAGAUUUUGUCUUACCGAAGAAUUGUACAGACGCUGUGUUGGGUGCUGAUGCCGCUUGUGCUUGCACGUAUACUCAUGUUUGCAAUGGUCAAAGUUAAUCUUCAAGCAGAAGUCCCGGCUCUGUGGCUGUUUUCAGCAACAUCGAGUACCUCGGCGCUGGACGCCGUGGCACUUGAUGAUCAUCAAGCCACCACAAUUGUCACUGAUGAAGGAUCACCAUUUCCCUCUUUACUAUCAUUUGUGUCAUCUGUUAAUGACCUAGAGGUACCUUCUUUAGAGGUCUCUGAUACUGCUGAUUCUGCUGAUUUCCCCGCCAAUACACCCUCAACAUCGAUACCCCACGCACAAAAUCAAAAACCAUCUAGGGGAUCUACGGUAAAGAAAGCAGCUAGUGCAGCUAGUACACUGGAAAUGCCACCAAUGUUUAACUGUAUUGUGGAAAUUCUUGUGCAUGAUGCAGGUUAUGACGAAAGCUCGGUGUUGACCAAGGCAACAGGCCUUGCGAUGUAUUUGGUCUAUACUUUUGCAGUGUCUUUAGGACUUAUUUUUUCGGCCCUGUUUCACUCAUUUGGGUUUGUUUAUGUUGUUGUUCGGCGCUGGACUAAGAUGUGGAGGUUUUUACGUGCAUCAUUCCAUGGUCAUAGCCCGUUUGAAACGGGUGUUAUGUAG